AUGGCAUCUCAAGGAGUUAAUGUCCUCCGAUACUCCGCUCUCUUCGCGGGUGUCUUUUACGGUUUAUACCACCAGUCUUCUCUCAACACACAAGCGAGAGCCGCCCAGAUAGAACGAGAAUAUAAGCGACAGGAGGCUUUGAUAGAGAAGGCAAAAGCUGAAUGGAAGAACAAGACCUCACCACCAAAGGAGGAUAACAGUGUCAUCACCGAUCCAAAUGAUGCGCGAUUUGACCUAGAGGCCCUUUUGAAGGCUACUGCGGCUGAAACAGCGAAAUAA